GAUAACCACGGAAGCAUUCAUUUGAGGUCACUUAUGGCCUGGAUGUGCAGUUUUCUGCUGGGUGCCCAGGAGCAGGCGGGGUCAUUUGGCUCUUGGCUGAUGUCUCAGGGCUGGAGGAGAAGCUACAGAAGCCUAGGUGGAACGGAGGAAGGCAUCUGGGAUUCCUUCCACGAGAGCAGCUCGCCCUGGGACUGACUCCAAGAACAGAAAGAUGGAGAAGUUCCCAAGUUCCCUUUCCCCCCCAGAUGACGCUCAACUGAGUUUUAUCGCUCUGCAUGCCCAUGCCUCCAGAGGCCAAUGGUCCAGCCGUUUAUCUGUGUUCUGCUUCCUCCCUGGAAACACCAGGUCUUUGGAGCAGGGUAACUUGGCAGGCUCUCCAUGGCAAUGGUAGUAUUCCUCCUCCUGUUCCUGUGUGGGCACCCCCAGGCUGCUGCAGACAGCAUCCAGACCAUCUAUGUAGCCUCAGGGGAGUCAGCGGAGAUGCCGUGUCCUUCACCCCCCUCUCUACUUGAUGGCCAGCUUCUGACCUGGUUCCGCAGCCCUGCAGCAGGCUCCUCCACCAUCUUGGUGGCCCAGGUCCAAGUAGACAGGCCGGUCUCAGACCUCCUGAAACCUGAACCUGAUUCCAGGUUCAAACUCCUUAGAAAUUAUUCCUUGUUGCUGGAGGGGUCCAGGGAUGAAGACGCCGGUCGGUACUGGUGCACCGUGAUGGGCCAGAACCACAAGUACCAGAACUGGAGGGUGUAUGAUAUCUCCGUGGUCAAAGGAUCCCAGUUCUCCGUGAAGGCUCCAGAUGGACCCUCCUGCUCUGCCCUCCUGUGCUCCGUGGUCCCUGCCAGGCGUCUGGACUCUGUGACCUGGCUAGAGGGAAGGAAUCCUGUGAGAGGACACGCUCAGUACUUCUGGGGAGAAGGGGCUGCUCUGCUCGUGGUGUGUCCCACGGAGGGGCUUUCUGAGACCAGGGGCCGUAGGCUGAGGACCAUCCGCUGCCUUAUGCCUCAGAACAAGAGAUUCAGCUUUAGCCUGGCAGCACCUUCCGCAGAACCUUCACCCACUGUUUGUGCCCCUCUCCCGAGCGGGGACAUGCCCUGGAUACUGGUGCUGUUGUUCACAGCAGGCCAAGGGGUCACCAUCAUAGUUCUCAGCAUAGUGAUCUGGAGGCGGCGGAGGGCCCGAGGGUCUCAGGACAGAGAACCCUCAAUUCCUCACUUCAAACCUGAAGUCCAGGUCUAUGAGAACAUCCACUUGGCCCGCCUUAGCCCGCCCACCCACAAGACCGGGUGAUCCUGGAGAUACCUGCCUGGGAAAGCCUGACCCACAGUCCUGUGUCUGACCACCCGUACCUGGAGGAUUCCCUGGAAACCUCAGCGAAGGGGUGGCUGAGGGUGUGAUUCCUGCUGGGCUUCCAACAGCCACCAAACUGGAGGGGCCAGGGACAACAUAAGGAAGGGAGCAACAUCGUUCUGUGAUGUCACCUA